CUCACAAGUCAAAACACCACCAACCGUGGAUCUUGGCCCAAUUUUGCCAUAUUUGAGGCCCAUAACCGUAUCGUCCAAGACUCCGGGGUUGGAGAGGGAUUAACCAUACUCGUGCUCCCCAAAGCAAAGCAACUCCUGGUCUGAGCGAGGCUGAGAGGUCGAAAAAUGUACUCAAACGCAGCAUUCCAGUUGUUCUCUUCAAACGAAAACUCCAAUUCAGGGUCUUCCGAUUCUACAGAGCCUUGUCUCCCUCCUCCGCCUCCAUGCAUCGAAGUGCUUUCUUCAGAGGUUUCUUCGUCUGUGAAAUACACCGUGGAGCCUGUGAACUUAGGUGAACUCACGCUGCUCAAGGGCAGAGUUAGUACGAAAGAGGUUUUUGCGUUACCUAAUUCUGAUUUGGUACCUGGCGUAUACGAAGGGGGAUUGAAGCUGUGGGAAGGUUCAUUAGAUCUGGUGAAAGUUCUGCAUAAAGAGGUUCAGCUUGGAAACCUGUCAUUUUCUGGAAAGCGAGUAUUAGAGCUUGGAUGCGGUCAUGGACUUCCUGGGAUCUUUGCAUGCCUUGCGGGUGCAGCUGCUAUACAUUUCCAGGAUUUUAAUGCUGAAGUACUGCGGUGUCUCACCAUUCCCAAUCUUAAUGCCAAUCUUUCGGAAGAAUUUCUGCCUUUUGUUACGGAUAAGACAAAUUAUGAUAGUGGGUCAGAAGUACAUUUUUUCGCUGGAGACUGGAGUCAAAUGCAUCAAUUUCUUCCUCAUCGUCAUGAUGAAGGUAGUUUGAACUGCAGUUCGGAGCAAAGUCCAAUAGCUGGUUAUGAUAUUAUUCUGAUGGCUGAGACAAUUUACUCAAUUUCAGCACAGCAAAGUCUUUAUGGACUUAUAAAGAAGUGCUUGAGUCAUCCUCAUGGAGUUUUGUACAUGGCAGCAAAGAAACACUAUUUUGGAGUGGGUGGGGGAACACGACAGUUCUUGUCAAUGGUGGAGAAAGAUGGUUUUAUGGCGGCAAGCUUGGUUACAGAGGUUACUGAUGGUUCUUCUAAUGUUCGAGAGGUAUGGAAGCUGUCACCGAAGUAGAUUUGAUCGUUACUUUGUCUUGGAUCUCAAUAUCCAGAUGUGGCUGCAAAGUUGGCAGCUGUAAGAUAAGAAGCUUAAUUUGGGUUUAGGUAAUAUGCCAACAUAUAUUGUAGGGCAGUGUAUACCUUUUGUAGUGUUCUUUUUUCGGACAUGAAUCCAUUUUGACCUAUUUACCACAACAGAUAGAUGUUUAUUUCUUACUCCAAUUUUUUUUUUGCUUGCUAUAAAUUCAAUCCGACUCUUAAACAUGUCGAACAUCAAGGUUUGUGACA